CCCGCUGUCGAGCUUGGUGACCCUGUGCCCGCUGUCAUGCCAGAUGACUCGGAGCCCGCUGUCGAGCUUGGUGACUCGGUGCCCGCUGUCGUGCCUGGUGACUCGGUGCCCGCUGCCCAGCCUGACGUGCCUCUGUCCGCUGCCCAGCCUGACGUGCCUCCGUCCGCUGCCCAGCCUGACGUGCCUCCGUCCGCUGCCCAGCCUGACGUGCCUCCGUCCGCUGCCCAGCCUGAUGUGCCUCCGUCCGCUGCCCAGCCUGAUGUGCCUCCGUCCGCUGCCCAGCCUGACGUGCCUCCGUCCGCUGCCCAGCCUGAUGUGCCUCCGUCCGCUGCCCAGCCUGAUGUGCCAGCCCCUGAUAUUCAGCCAGUUACCUGACCCGGGUGGUGGAACAUUUUGCCCA